AGUAUUUCUCAGGCUAGUGAGGAAAUACCUGAUUCUUUGCAGCCCAGACAGAGGAGGCAGGAGCCCCUGGGAUGGGCUAGUUGCCUCAGCUGGGGAUGCCUCUGCAGAUGCAGGGGCAGCUGGAAAGGUGGCACUGCACUUGAGUUGCUGGAGCUGCCACUGUUCCUAGGAGACCGAGGAGCAGCAAGCCUGCGGGGGAGGGGAGCAAGUGGGUUGCUGCUUUUAGAAGCUGAAAGGGCUGCAGGGAGCUCUGGGUAAGACAUUUUCUGCUGUCGCUGUUUCUGCGGUAGAAGCUGCCGCGAGUAAGUCAGAGGAAGGAGGAUCGAGAGGGAGGAGGCUUCAGUUGCAGCCAUGCUGAAUCACUGUUGCUGAUCAGAUCUCCCGCUAGUCUGCUGGGAGAACCAAGAACAGAGCUAGGAUUCCUGGGUGCGGGCACAGUUCAGUGGCUAACACCCCAGCUGGGCCUCACACAAUGGAGGGUGAAAGCAUCAAGCUGAGCUCCCAGCCCCGGACACAGGCUGGGGAUGAUGAGAAGAACCAGAGGACAAUCAUCGUCAACCCUGCCCACAUGGGAAAGGCGUUCAAAGUUAUGAAUGAACUGAGGAGUAAACAGCUGUUGUGUGACGUGAUGAUUGUGGCAGAAGAUGUCGAGAUAGAAGCCCACCGUGUGGUCCUGGCAGCCUGCAGCCCCUACUUCUGUGCAAUGUUCACAGGUGACAUGUCUGAGAGUAAAGCCAAGAAGAUCGAAAUUAAGGAUGUGGAUGGGCAGACACUGAGUAAGCUGAUUGACUAUAUCUAUACAGCCGAAAUUGAGGUGACUGAAGAGAAUGUUCAGGUGCUGCUCCCAGCAGCCAGCUUGCUGCAGCUCAUGGAUGUUCGGCAGAACUGCUGUGAUUUCCUACAGUCUCAGUUGCAUCCCACCAAUUGCCUGGGUAUCCGCGCUUUUGCAGAUGUGCACACCUGCACUGACCUCCUGCAGCAGGCCAAUGCCUAUGCAGAGCAGCACUUUCCAGAGGUGAUGCUGGGGGAAGAAUUUCUUAGCCUAAGUCUGGACCAGGUAUGCAGCUUGAUAUCCAGUGAUAAGCUGACCGUUUCUUCGGAAGAGAAGGUGUUUGAAGCUGUGAUUUCGUGGAUCAAUUAUGAGAAAGAAACCCGUUUAGAGCACAUGGCAAAGCUGAUGGAACAUGUUCGACUCCCUCUCUUACCUAGGGAUUACCUAGUCCAGACGGUUGAAGAAGAAGCUUUGAUAAAGAAUAACAACACCUGUAAGGACUUCCUCAUCGAGGCCAUGAAAUACCACCUGCUUCCUCUGGAUCAGAGGCUCUUGAUUAAGAACCCAAGGACCAAGCCCAGGACUCCAGUCAGCCUUCCCAAGGUAAUGAUUGUGGUUGGUGGCCAAGCACCCAAGGCAAUCCGCAGUGUGGAGUGCUAUGAUUUUGAGGAGGACCGCUGGGAUCAGAUCGCUGAGCUCCCGUCCCGGAGAUGCAGAGCAGGUGUGGUGUUCAUGGCUGGCCAUGUGUAUGCUGUGGGCGGGUUUAACGGCUCACUGCGGGUACGGACAGUGGAUGUGUACGAUGGUGUGAAGGACCAGUGGACGUCCAUCGCAAGCAUGCAGGAACGCCGGAGCACGCUUGGCGCAGCGGUGCUCAACGACCUGCUCUAUGCGGUGGGAGGAUUUGAUGGCAGUACUGGCCUAGCAUCGGUGGAAGCCUACAGUUACAAGACCAACGAGUGGUUCUUUGUGGCCCCAAUGAACACACGGAGGAGCAGCGUGGGUGUGGGCGUUGUGGAGGGGAAGCUAUAUGCUGUUGGGGGUUACGAUGGGGCUUCCCGCCAGUGUCUGAGCACCGUGGAGCAGUACAACCCAGCGACCAAUGAGUGGAUAUACGUGGCAGACAUGAGCACUCGCCGUAGUGGUGCAGGAGUUGGAGUGCUCAAUGGACAGCUGUAUGCCACAGGUGGGCAUGAUGGGCCUUUGGUGAGGAAGAGUGUUGAGGUUUACGACCCUGGGACAAACGCCUGGAAGCAAGUGGCCGACAUGAACAUGUGCCGGCGCAAUGCAGGGGUGUGUGCAGUGAAUGGGCUCCUGUAUGUGGUUGGAGGGGAUGAUGGAUCUUGCAACUUGGCUUCGGUGGAGUACUACAAUCCCAUCACCGACAAAUGGACACUACUUCCAACCAACAUGAGCACAGGGCGGAGCUAUGCAGGAGCAGGUGGGAAGGAGAUGAGCAAAUGUGCAAUUUUGGGUUCAGAUGUGUUGACUGAGUCUAUUAUCUUAAAAAUCUAAGGAAAUGCUCCAAAUGCAAGGAUUUAUGGACAAAGGUGUUGCUGUGAUUCACAAGUCCUUAUGACCCAAACACCCAUGGCCAGGAGGUGGAGGAAGGAGCAGGUACUGCCUGUGACUCAGAACAGUGGGGCCUCCGUGGCUGGAUUCACCUCACCUGGGAGGUCUGAGGUGGUACGAGAGCCACUCUCCUCUGACUUGGCAGAAUGGUAUCAUCUGUCACAGUGUGGACAUGGGUGACUGCUGGUGACCCACCCUUCUGCUCCUCUGAGGCACUCUAGCCUGAGCAGUGGAGUUCUUGAUAACUCCAAGCAGCAGCUUUGGGCUGUUUUUGGUGUUUCUAUAGGGACAACAGAGAACCCGGAACAUGGUGUGUGUGCACUUGUGUGUGUGUGUGUGUGUGUGUGUGUGUGAUGUGUGUGUGUAGAACAUGUUUCACUACGUUCAGGGUGAAGCAUGUGACAGUCCACUGGAUUUCUUUACUACUGAUUCUUUCACUAUGCUAAAAAUCAAAUCACAAACACAUCUCUUCUGGAUUUGUCUCAUGGGGACCCUGCAACUACUAAAGCUGCUGUCUUCUGAAGGUCCAGCUAGACGGUCUGAGAAUGUCCAGAAAUAACUGAUGAGAAGAGCAGUUUAUUUACCCAGGCCUGCUCAUAUGACUUGACUACUGUAACUUUGCAGAAGAGCUGGGACCUUCCUGAAGCUCCACUAUGCUGUCCAUGUCCUGGACUAGGGGACAGAGGGUUCCCUGUGCUCCUCGGCUGGCUGUUCUUCCCUGGGCUCUCCUCCAGGAAGCAGAUGAGAACUGCCUGGUCUUCAGGCCUGGGCCACUGCUUUCUGAUGUCAUGGAUUCCAGGUUUGGGAGAUUUUGUGUCUUUUUAGCUGGGAAAACAGGAAAGCCCUAGGUAACACACUGGAAAAAAAAUACACAAGAAAAAAACCUAAAGUGGUAAGGAUUCAAGUCCCUGCCCAUAUGGUCUCAGAGAAGGAUCCAACUUCCAAGUUUUCCCAAGACAAGACAGUCCCUGCUCAUAAGUGUUAUUCGGUCCUAAUUAUUCACAGUGCCCCAUUUUCCUUUUAAGAGUGUUCUGGUUUGGAGGAUAAAUAAAAGGUCACCCUCCCUCCAAACCCAAAGAUAGGUUUAUCCCUCUGUUGGAUGGGAUUGUAUAUGAUUCAGAUGGACGCGGAUGCCUUUAAAGGAAUACACUGGCUGGGACUGGCCCUUGGCACUUUGUGAUGUUGGUCAAGUCCGUCUGAUGUCCUUGUGUUCCUUUUUAUGUGUUUCCCCCCCUUCCAGGGUCUAUACCCUCUCCCAGUCCUCAGGAUCCCCACUUUCCCUGUGGCUUAGGAGAUGGCAGGGGACCUAGAUUUGAAAUCUCUCCCAAGAGGUACUUGUAUUUUAGAAGAAGAGCUUGAUGAGAGCUCUGCUAACUCACAGGCAAAAAUUAUUAAUGAUAGAACUUCAAGUACCAAGGGGUAGGUAUUUGAGGGUGCAUGGAGUCAUUUGAUUAAAAAAAAAAAAAGAACCUUAAAGCUAUAAUGCUCCUAAACUAGCAAAUUGCUUAUGUUGGAAUUUCCAGCAUAGGAAAGGAAGUCUUAUGUCUGGAGAACAGUCUCAAAACUUGGCGGCUGGGGGUUUAAUUUUCCUGAUGUCAAAGUCUACCCAGGGGAAGCCAAAGAGCUUCAUAAACCCUGAUAUUGGACUCUAGAUACACCUGGGAUACUUCUGAGCAGAUACUGCAGGAGAUCGGCACCCCUAAUCCCUGCAGUUAGAAACCUUGGAAUCUCCCCAGUUGGUUGGCCAUCUUGUGUAUUUACUAUAUAAAUAUUAUGUACUAAACAUGCAACUUUCCUGAAGACAAAACUUCUCUUUUCAAUGUUAAGCAGAUGUUACUUUAAUAAGACAUCUGAAGAGCAAAAAGGCACCCAGAAUUUUUAGAAACUUUUGGAAAAGGCUAAAAUAUACAGUUUUGGUGGACCUGGAAGAAAUGUCUCCAGAGGAAUGAAGGCGUGGCUUUAGUUACAUGCUCCCAUCCCUCUUGGCAGUGGGGGUGACUGUGCUUUCAGAGUUCCGCCCUGCUCUGGGUUGGAAGUUGAUGGAAUAAGAUUUUUGUUCCAAAUAUCCUUUCUCUCUCUCAGAUGAAGUUUUGAGACUUGUUUGGGGGUAUGUGAGGUGGGAUGAAAUUGGAUUUGGGACCCAUGUAUGCUGUUCACACAAGCUCUCAAUUUCAGGUAUUUGUGAUGUUGGUCAAGUCUCUUGCCCGCCCUCACCACUAGGGAGCUGGACUUCCAUGCUUAUGUGGGGGAGACUAUUUUUUAUGCAUCAUCUUCCCAGAAAGGCUCCCUCUCCUGAAAGCUAGCCAGCCAUGUUUUCUGCUUUUGGACUUUUGCUAUUGGUUCCACCUCGUAUCUCCUUCCUAGGAAGCGCUGCCUCUGCUGGUGGUGCUGCUGAGGCCAUGUUCAUUUCAUCCUCACGUGUCCUUUCUCAGGGGGACUAGAACACUGGUAUGUCAUCACCAAAGCCAAUCUGCUCUAGUUGCCCACAGAUGCCAUCCCAAAACUGUUGUCUCUUCACUAGGUACGAUUCUCUCUCCUCAGUAGACACACCAGGCUUAUUUUCACUUUUGUGCUGGUCACCUAGUAGGUGAAACCUCCUCCUGCCCCCAUCGGGUAGCCACUAUUGCUUGGGAAUGCAGCUUUGCUGGUGGCAUAUCUGUAAUCUGAUUGCAGUAGUGAAAUGGAAUUGAGGCCCAAGGUUAGAAGCAGCUUAAACGCCACUUGGAUACUGAUUUGGACAACAUAGAAGUCAGAUUCUGAAUUCCAGAGUUAUUUCUCAUAAGUACCCAAUGGCAUCUCUCAAUCUAAAAAGUUGCAGUAUUAUGCAAAUGAAGUGACCUCAUUUUCUGCUAUGCAAUAAAAAUACUUAAUUCUAUUUCAUGACAAGCCAGUUGCAAUAUCCCCCAAGAAGCUUUUUGAGCUGUCUUACUUUGAUAUCUGUUAUGUAAUGUUUGUAUAUUUCUGAGCCAGAGCCUUUCAAAGGUUGCCUUUUUAUAAAAUUGAAACUAUAGCUUUUAGGCUAAAAUUUUAAUGUAGAUAUUUUUGUAAGAUAACUUUUCAAGGUAUUUGAAUUGCUUUUUAUUGUCCAUGAUAAUGAAAUGCUAUGUUCUAUGUGUCAUUCAUUCUCUAACAUAGUUCACGCCUAUAGCUCUCUUUCCUUUGUUUCUCAUCCUCCAAAGGUAGAUUUUUAGUAGCUCCAAGUAGAUGAGUCUUCUUUUUUAUACUAUAUGCAAAGGAGACUGCUGAAUUUAAAAACACAGUCACUGGUGUUUCUUGUUUCUCGAAUUGCUUGACUCAGUGCUUACCCAUCCAUACUACUUGUCUCUCUAUAUUUUUUGAGUCUGCUUUCUGCAGGGGAGAGGCUGGGUUGGCCCAUCUCCUGGCUGGUGCUAAGCCUUUGCACACUGUGGCAUGAAGAAGCCCCAGGGAAAGGCCUGCCCACUAGCAUAGAGUCCUAGAAUUUUCUAGGUCCAGUAGACCACUCCUCAUUCUCUUCUAUCCCCCUCUUCGGAAGCUUCCAAUAGCUUGAGGCCUUUGCUAGUGGUAGAUGACAUCCCUUUUGGAAGCAUCUUGUGUCUGAACUUUUUAAGCUGGAUCAAUCCUCAUGAUCCUCAUUAGGAAUGUGUUAAGCGUGUGCUUUGCAAAUGCUCAUGCUGCACUUAGAACUUGUUUCUUAAGAGGCAUCUGCACUCCAGGCUCUGUUUUGUGUAUCAGCCAUUAGCCUCAUAUAUUUUUUUUUAAUCUUUAUUUUUAUUAUUGUUGGGACAGGUGCCAUUUAAAUUGCCUCCAUGCUCCCCAUUUGCACCUAGCUGGAUCAAGUUGGGAGGUUAAGCAAAUUCAUAUUCUAGUUAGCUAGAGUUUUUAAGGCUCUAUUUGCCUGGAGAAGCAAGGAGGUUGGAAUGUAUUUUUUUUUUUUUUUCAGUGUUUGCACUAUUUCGAGUCCUACCCCCCUCAUGUUAGCUGUGCUGUGUAUCUACUGACCAAGCAGGAGAGCUGGUAGCACUUCCGACAUUUGGGAAUGGAAGAGACUUCUUCCAUAGUGGAUAAUCACAACCUCAUAGCCCCUGUGCAACUUUUGUGAUGGGACUCAGUGACUCAUGGAUACAGCAUCAGCCAUGUCAGGAAUGCUGGGGACUGUGGCAUUUGCAGAAACAAAUUGCCCUAGUGCUAUGUUUUUGCCUUUGGUUAUGAGAUUAUAAAUUAUCUUUCCCCCUUUUCCGUGGCAAUAAAGGAUCCUUGCUGAACUUCCUGUUUAAUUUUUAUAUGAUGUGUAAAAUACUUGCUUUGAAAGAAAACUCAAGACAUUGAAUGUGUAUGUCUGUGUGGAUACUCUGUCCCUGUGGUUGUCAUAGGCAGUCAGACUUGAUCGUGACACCAGUCCCUUUUGCACAGGUAAGGUCUUUGAUCUGGUGUUUUAUGCAUGGAUGUUAGGGACUGUACAUCUUGUAAAGGAACAGUUGUCACAUGCUUGAUCAGUUACAGUGAUAGCUGAAGGAACAUUUUCUCAAAUGUAUUAUUUUAACAGGAAUCCUGUUCUAGUUUCCCAUCCUUUAAUUUUAAUAAAAGUUGAACUGUG